UCAUGCCUGUGCGGUGACGUCACGGCCGCACGGGGACUCGCGGACCAAAGAGAGGUGGAAAAAAAAAAAAAGAAAGAAACAAGUAGUCGAGGCGCUCGUGGAAACAGGAAGCAAACGGGGGAAAGCCAGGCAGAGGUUGUUGUUGUUAAAAAAAACUUCCGAAGGGAGCGCUCUGUCUUUUACCUCCGCGUUAUUUUGAGCUCUUUAAACUGACAGUGCAGCCAGUCCGUUGCUUGGACACCGCGCGCUGAAGGAGGGAAGCUCGCGCGCUUCGCGCCGAAGUGGAUGGACCUGAUCGGGGUCUCGGUUUAUUUGCCCUCCCUCACCGUCCACCACGCUGGAAUUAACCCCUCCUUACUGUUACCGUAUUGUUUUAAAGGCAGGGCGUGACAUUCCACCGUUUAAACGCGGCCCUGGUCAAUUUUACUGGAGUAUUUUGACGUUUGAAGAAGUCUUCAGUCCGUCUGACAGGAACAGUGUAACGUUACGCGCAGGCAGCCUGAGCUAACGCGAGCUAGCGACUUUGCUGCUAAUGUCAACUAACAUGGAGGGAGAGGUGCAUGUGUUACAUAACAACCAAACGCAAUUAAACCACCGACUUUUGACACCCAGCAAGCACAGUUAUGGACGUGAAUUAAUCUCCAAAGAAUAAAACUGCCCAUAAACACAUUUAUUUGGGAGAGAUGGAGUCGAACCCGCUGAUCUGCGCAAUGGAUCCGUCCAUUACAUUGUGGCAGUUCCUGCUACACCUGCUGGAUGAUCAGAGUCAGAAGCACUUGAUCUCCUGGACAUCUGGGGAUGGGGAGUUCAAACUGCUGGAUGCCGAGGAGGUAGCCAGACUCUGGGGGCUGCGCAAGAACAAAACCAACAUGAACUAUGAUAAACUGAGCAGGGCACUUCGUUAUUACUAUGACAAAAAUAUUAUUAAGAAAGUUAGCGGCCAGAAGUUCGUCUAUAAGUUUGUGACCUUUCCGGACCCCAACUCUGCUGAUGGGCUGAAAGGACCUGAGGAUUCCCAGAAGGCCACUACGGGGGAGAAAUUAGAGCUGUCCAUUCAGACCAAAUCUAACACAGGUGCUAACACCACCAACUCAUGUCUCUCCAAGAGCCUGCAGGUUCAGCACUCCUCCCCUAGCUCAGUGCAACGCAGCUCCCGCAACGAUUACAUGAAGUCUGGUCUCUACUCCACUUUCACUAUCCAGUCCCUACAGACGCCCUGCAAAACUGCAUCCAAAUUCAUCAAAAUGGAGCAUGUCCUGAGUGACAACAGCCCCAAACCAGCUCCUCUGGACCACAUAGUGCAUGAGAUGCGAAUGUGUCAGACAGAAGCACAGCAGGGAACUGCUCAGGUGCAGUCGACUAUGGAGAGCAGCAAUUUGCAGGUGAUAGUGACCCACCCCUCCCCAUGUGCUACACCCGCCCUCAGCCCACAGGCGCCCUCUGGAUCUGCCACUGCAACCACGAAUACUCAAGCACAGAAGAGCCAGAAUUUGGGUGACCCACCCCAGAUCUACCUGUCCGAUCCCAGCUCUCUGACCUCGCUCAUUUCUCUAGCUCAUGGAGAAUGUGUCGUCAACCCCUCUCAGCCUGUAUUUGUGGUCAUAAAGCCUUCGCUUGUUGGACUGCCCAAAGAGUCCAGCCUCCCGCCUGAAGAAGACUUGCUGGAGAUUGUCGAUUUGGAUGACAAAACAGAUGUUGAGCCAGUGUCCACAGUGCCUGUCUCUGGAGUUACAGAUGCCCCAAUCUCUGUGGAUGCUCUAUCACCCUGCGUGGAGCCGGUGGUCCAGCCGGUUGGAGAAGGGGAGGUGAAAGAGAAGCCUGAGCUACCUGAGGACACCAAUACUGCAUCAGCCUCCCUCCCAGCAAGCAUGCGGGAAGUCCAGCCUCCUAAAUCAAAGAAGCCACGUGUGCUGGAACUGCCAUCCUCGUCUACGCUGCUGCCCCCUGGACUUUCACUGGAUAAGGUCAAUGCAGCGGUGAACAGCCUUCUGGCUCCUGGCAGUGCCACGAACACCUUAACACCCACAGUCAUCACCUCCCAUGCCCUGACUCCAGUGCUGUUGACACCGAGUCCGCUGCCAUCAACCAUACACUUCUGGAGCACGCUCAGUCCAAUCGCUCCACGCAGCCCUGCCAAGCUGUCCUUCCAGUUCCCCUCCAACGGAAGCAAUCAGAUCCAGAUCCCAGCACUGAGCGUGGACGGCCUAUCCACACCUGUCGUUCUCUCCCCUGGACUACAGAGACCAUAAUUUGCGAUUUAAUUCCCUUUUCUCCUGCCAUAGCGAUUGGCUCCCUCCCCAGCCAAUGAAAUGCUGAGGACGGCUAAUGAAAGUUGGGACACUCCAUAAAAAGUUCUGCUGGGAGUUGGGCGGGGCCUCUGCUCCAGUGACGACUCGGCAAGAGGAGUGCGCUCUCAGCUGUCCUUCACGAUUGGUUGACGGAGCAGCCCGGUUCUGGGCUUGAUGGUGGCGUUUGCAUAGACUAUUUGAUCAUUUGUUUUCCCUUUGCUUUUUUAUAUGAUCAUCAAUGGUUAUUUAUUUAUUUCUGAUGUUUCGAAUGCUCAUGUGAAUUUGGAACUCGAAGAUCUCACUUCAUUUUUGAUUUCUCACAAUAGCAUUGAGUUAUGGACCAAACAAGGUAUCCUUUGAUUCAAUCAAGGCAUGAAAUGCCAUUUACUUCACAGAUGGAGUAUAGCUUUCUUAAAAACUUCUUUUUUU